AUGUAAUACUGUUUCUAGAUGGUAUAAUAAUUGCACCAUUCUUGUGAACUGCAUUCAUAUAGGUUGAUGGGUGGCUUCCUAUCCAGAAAGAACUGACAGCUCACGGUUUUGUAGGUAGUGAGAUAUUCACCGUCAUCUUCAUCUUUCUCGGUCACUACAUUUUCACUAAUCUAUUUGUUGGUGUCCUCAUAGCAAAUAUUCAUCUAACUACGACGAAAUUCAAAGCACAAAAAAUGACAGAAAAAAGAGCACUCAUCCAGAGUAAGAAAAAAGCAGUAAUUGACAAGCAGCACAAAGAUGUUAUGGAGAUGCUUAAGAAGCAACGCGAAAAUAACUAUAUGACACUGAAUGAAAUGACAAAAGAAUUUGAGAAAAGCCUCAGACAUGAUGACUUUACUUAUACGACUGAUCUCUGCACUACUGUGACAUGGAUUGAGACAAUGCUGGCAUCUUUAAAGCACCUUGAGAACAGCAAACACAAGUGCCACCAAAUUCAAUUUGAAAUAGCUGAAGUAUUAGCUGAAAUGAAAGGAACCUAGCUGAUAUCUCCUAGUAUCUCAUUUAACUGUGCUUUUAUUAAUAAAUUUUAUAACCACAAAAGGGUGUGGUUCAAUUAAGCUAUGGCACCGCCUAGUGGCAGUGAAGAACUCAGGAAGCUUGGUUUUCUCUUUUUCUCGAGGUUUAUGACUAUUUCUGCCAUAGAUCCAUCACAUUAUCACACAUUUGAAUUGCUAGGCUCUAUCCUUUUGAACUUUAAAGACUCUGGUCGCUUUUUUGGGGAUUGGAGUCCUGUCAGGAACCCUGGACAGUCUCGGGGAGCCGGACUAGGUCUAGGGCAGAUCUAGUAAGGUGGAGUGCUCAAGAAGUUAGGCUUUAAUGAUGUUACACUAGGAGGCAGUGUGUUAAUUUUAUAGUAGCUCUAGCCAGAGAAACCUUUGAGAACCUUCUACAGUACUAGAGCAAGGCUUUAAUAGGUUUACUUGGUGCAGAUUUUUGGAAAAGUAACCAACUAAACUUGCCAAGCUUUUAAAGAUUCUAGCCUAAGUUACAACAUAGAUACAAAGAAGCUACUUCUAUCUAGAAGCGUUAAAAGUUCAAUUAUAUCAGUAGUACAUGGCUAUAAAGCGUUUACAGUGUAUAUAAUGCAGUAUUGUAAUGACUGUUAGUAUGUGUAGGUGGAAAAAUCACGUGCUGUUGCGCAAGCGCGCCGUGGCCUAGUGGUUACGGGGGUGGACCCGGCCUUGAGGCAAGAAGGUCCGGGUUCGAAUCCCCGAAACCGCAUUUGUAGACUUUCUUGUAAGUUCUUUGGUAGGUAUUCUUGUAGGCACUAGGUAGGUUAUAAGCCGUGGCUGGCUUCAGUGGCAUGCAAUUACAUGUAAGUACAGUACACGUACACUCUGUCUAAUAUAGUAUGCAUACAGAGUUUACAUUAUAAUGCACACACAGCUUCAGACUACAUUACAGGUUUGUACAGUGCUGGUGACACACUUCCAUUGGCUACCAUUCCUCAUAGAGUGCACGCUAUGAGUACUGGUAGUCUGUGGGGGAGUGCCAUUGGUACUGUAUAGAUCUGUAGAGCUUAUCAUGCAAUUGUGUAUACAUACAUGAAGCCUCAUACUUAAUAGUAAUAUACACACAGAGCCUCAUACAUGUACUUAAAUAGUAACAUAUACAUACAGAGCCUCAUACACACAUACACACACGCCAAUUUUUUUUCUUUUUUUUUUUCUUUUUUCUGGGCAAUGAAAUAAUUAACAAAGCUCAUCAGAUGAAGAAAAAUGGCAAUUCUUUUUGUUAAUUUUAUGAAAGUAGUUGUAGUUGUUUAUAGUAUAAUGUUCAUAAGACCAUGCUGCAAAUUGUGGUAUUGCCAAAUAAGGGCUGUGCGGAUCACGUGAUCUCUAUUAGGGACAAAGCCGGCGAGGAAGAAAAAGUAGGGAGUUCCCCUUUCUCUUUCUGUACUGUCCCUUUCUGGUGCUGUCCCUUGGUGUUCUCCCUAAAGUCGGAGCCUAGUCUGUGUAGUUGUGGUAUAAGCGCGGGUAGUUUUAGAAAAAAAGGACACUCUCAUUAUUCACUAGAUAGGAACUAAAUGGAAAGGUCACAGCUCAACAAAGGGAGUUUAUAUCGAGAGGGGGGUAGCCAGGAUCGGCUCUCCCCAUCGUCUGCCUCGUCCCCUGACAAGAGGCGGUAUCUGAGCACUAUAAGCAGUGGAGCCAGCCCUGCACCUGCCACUCCAUUGCGACUGAUAUCUAGAGGCUGCCCAGAGCCUGAAGAAGAGGAAGUCCAGGAGGUAAUAAGAACGCAAGUAUCACCAGGAGCUCCUAACACUGGUUACUAUCAUCACCAAACCAAACUGGAUACUUCUGCAUCAAGAAAGAGAAAGAUACUCAACAACCCUCUACCCUCGCCUAACCCUUCCUCUCUUCUUGUCCUUCCUUCUCCCACCACUCAAAUUGCAAGGCGUAUUGACUCCAUUAAUCUCGAGACUCUCCAGCGACCGUCUCUCUCUCCUUCUCACUCUUCUCCCGGGAGCCAUUUGACCUCCAGCGUCUCUCACAUGCAGCAAGAAAGCGAUCGGUUGCAAGUCGUGCAAGACGGAGCAAUGGAAGUUGGCACUGAUGUAAGGAGGAGCAGAUCUCCCUCUAAUUCUCCCUCUGUCCCUCCGGUUGGUCAGAGCGUUGAAAUACCAGCUCAAGAGGAUCAUCUUUUAGAGAGCUACAUCCAGCGACCGCCAGAGGCCGUGAACAUGAAGAGGUUAGUACCUUCGGAUGAGGAAAUGAGCGGAGAAGAGACCAACUGGAGGACAAGAGGAAGUUCAAAGAUUCCUAAAACAACAGCUGGUGUUUCACCACAGGGACUAUCAAAUCAUACCAAGCAGUCUCCUCGGGUACCAACCAUCCAUCAGCCUUCCUCUCUGCUUAAGAAGAAACACUUUUCACCUUCUCCUAACUCCUCCACUGCUCCUUCUCCUGUCACCUUACCUCAGCUUCCUCUCCUUCCUUUGAUGUUCCCUCUUGUUUCUUCUUCCUCUCUUCUCCCUUCCCUCACUCAAUCUCCUCCUACUGCUCCUCCUCUUUCGUCCUCUCAACAAACUAAAACUAAAACCGUCAGCAGUUUCUCUAUCAAUGACUUGCUUGCUAAGGAGCCUACGUCUUCGGCGUCAUCAAAGCAACAGGCCCCACCCACUGCAAUAACUCCUAAUAGUUACCCAUUGAUAAACCCAACCCUCCUACUACUCUACCAGCAGCAGUAUAAUAGUAUGUUAGCGGCGGCUUUGGCAGCUGCUAACGGAGGGACUAUUACUAAUGCUGUCUCGGGUGGUAGACUGUUUCAAGGAGAACCAGCUGAAAAAGAUAACUUGAGCAGCUCUUCUCCUUCCUCCUCCUCAUUGCAUGUGGUGCAUGACAUUGAUGAUGAUGAUGAACCGCCAUUGACGCUAUCAGGCUCUGUUAAUGCCUUCAAGAGGAAUGAAUCAGCUAGUCCUUUGAGGAAUAGAUACAGUCCCAGGGCCAGUCCAGGCCCUACUAAUGACAGUACAGUGACUAGUAGUGAGGAAAGGUUACCCUCUGUGACUCCGCCCAGUGAGGGACUACCCACGUCUAAUGCCGAGGGAGGAGUCAGACAGAAUGCAUUACUACAGGUAGGGGAGGCUCACUUGGCUAUACUGCCUGAUGAAGAUGGAGACACGCCGCUUCACUUGGCAAUAAUACAGGAAAACAUUCCAUUGACUUUCUAUCUUGUUCGACUCAUUACUGGUGUAUCGAUGAGCCUAGACAUUGCUAACAAUCUGAGACAAACUCCUCUUCAUUUAGCUGUCAUUACUGCACAGCCAAUGUUAGUUAACCUGCUGGUUCAAGCUGGUGCUUCUGUUAACUGUCCUGACCGCAAGGGGAACACUUGUGUCCAUUUAGCUGCUCAAAGAAAGAAUGUUGGGAUAUUACAGAUUCUCUCACAAGCAGAGAAUCACUCCCCGGAUUACAAUGCGAGGAAUUUUGGAGGCCUUACUCCAGUUCACGUAGCAACCAAAGAGGGCAGUAUUGAUGUCCUUAAGUUCUUGCUUCAAAUGGGAGCCAAUAGGAAUAUGGCGGACUCGUGCAGUGGCCGUACGGCACUACAUUAUGCAGUAGAAGCACAGAAUUUCCAAGUCUGUAACUUUCUUCUGGAGAACAAUGUGAACGUGAACGCAGUGACAUUCUCUGGUAAUACUCCGUUACAUGUAGCAGCUGGACGAAGACUGAAAGAGAUUGUGGCACUACUAAUGGCCUACGGAGCCAAUCCGUCCAUCGCCAAUGGAGAAGGGGAUUUCCCUAGUGACCUACCAGCGUCUCUAUUGGUAGGUCACGUUGUGUGUUCUCUAUAAGUCACACCCACUACACCCACCUGUGCCUGGAUGCAGAGGGCAAAAAUGAGCACAAAAUAAAUUUUAAGAAAUAAAGAAAGAGACUGUUAUUUAUUUUUAAUUUGAAAUAAUAAUUAUUUUUUCUGUUCAUCACUUCUUGUAAAUGUAUCAUGGAUGUGUA